AUGACAAGGGACCCCAAAGGCUCACGCAGGGGACCGGACAAUGGGAUCUCCAAAGCCACAUCGCGUGCUGGGGGAUCUCGUGUUGGGUCUCCCUGUUCUGUUCGAUCGGCAGUCUCUGCGUCUCACCCGAACCGUGACGCUCUCAGACCCAAGCGGAAGACUUACAAAGAGUCGGGACAUUCUGUGAAACAGGUCCAGCGGAAAGACCGCGAAGCCACUCAUCGAAAAUGUUUCGUUAUGAUGGACAAGCUUGAAGAGGAUCUUCAAUUGGCCUUCGCAGAGAAAUAUGACGAGAGAGCUCAUAACUCUCAGCUGUUGGAAAAGCUGCGUGCCGAAAAGGCCAGAGAGACUUCCAAGUUACAGGAAGCCAUCACGGUUAGAGAAACCGCCGUGGCUGAAAACGAGAGACUUCAAAGGGAACUCUGUCAACUGCAGCAGCAGGUGGAGUCCACGAACGCCACGAUGCAGGAUCAGGUCUCAUGGAACGAUGUUCAGCUAGUCUUACAUCAGACACAUGGCGAGCUGGUGUCUGCGACCACGCGAUUCUGGAACACGAUUGAGGCCUUCCAGAACCGCAGACUGGCAUCUUAUUUGCCCGGCUCCGGAGUGAUCCACGGCGAUUGGACCGAGCAGGGCGGCCCACUGGGAACCCUAAGUCAUAGUGACCUCCCCGGGUUCUCCGCAUCGGGUAAUCUGUCGCUGGUUACUCAGCAAGAGCCCGCGCCAGCCAAUGUAUACAGCUCGCUUGUGUGA